AAAAACGCUACUAAAUACAGCUAAUUAUCUUCAACAAAUAUUUCAUUUUCCCGUUUACUAUAUAUAUUAGUUAGUGUAUUUGAUAUUUUACGAAGAAUCUAAAUUUUUUCAAGCUUAAGUUGUAACUUUGCAAAUAUAAAGACCUAAAGCUCUUCUGUUAUUAUAUAAAAUACUAAGUCUAUUUAUAUUUCAUUUCUAAAUUAUUCAUGGAUACUUUUGACAGCCGAUAUUCCUAAAGAUGGCAAAAAACGGAUCGAACGUUAAUGGGCCGAAGAUCCAUGAUAAUGAUACAGCACUGAAGCUACAUUUGGAAACUAGAAGGAGCACGGAGGGGAUAGGCGAUUACGUAUGCCUCGUGUGCGGAUCAGCAUCUCGCAGAGUUUUAGCUCUCCUUCAGAGAGACUUCAGUAUGAAUCGAGAUAGUUGAGCAUCAUCCACGAUGACGAGGCUUGUCAUACUCUUAUUCUUCUGUGGCGUGAUCACUGGCAGUAACGACACCGUGAGUAACACAAUCCUGGACAACGUGCCGUUGGAUUUCGAAGAGCAAAACGAGGAGGGCACAUCUACGAAGAAUAGAACUCUGAACGAGCUAUACGAGGAUGCUGCUCACGCUUAUCUGGACGAAGACUGGGACCGCUGUAUUCAAGAUUUCAACGCGGUUUCUCACGGAUACAAGGCUUACAAACGAAUGAUAACGAACUGCAGACGAAAAUGCCGCACAAAGGCUGCCGGCUCGGCACCGAUUUUCGCAGUGGACAUCGAGGAUUUACACUUUUACGAAAAGAAAGUGAGAGAGACGUUGUGCCUCUUAACGUGCAAUCAGGAAUAUCGGGAGAUCGUCGGCUCGAAAGCGCUUAAGAUGCUGCCGCGGGAGACUGAACAGAAAUUGCUCUGGAAUGGUAUUUACGAGUACCUGCAUAUUUGCUACUAUCAGAAACAUCGAUAUCAGGACGCAGCCAACGCACUGUUUACGUAUUCAGUCGAACAUCCGAAAGACCAGGUGAAUCUAGAUCUUUUGAAACGCUAUUUAACACUGCCAGGCGUAAAACACGAGAACGUGGUAAAUCUAGAACUACCGGCUUAUGUCAGCGUCUAUUUCAAAGGGGUCUCGUCUUAUGAAAACGAGGAUUUCGCAGAAGCCGCCGGCUUAUUCGAGGCAUCGUUACGCUUAUACUUAGAAGCCGAGGAGGAAUGUAGAUUUUAUUGCGAGGGUCCCUUUGACCAGGGCUGGCAUCCAGAGUUCACUUCCUCCAUCGCGAAUCAUUUUGCGUACUGUCUGAAAUGCAAACGAGCUUGCUCGCGUACAUUAAACAACGUGAAUGGCGAUUAUCGCAGGCAUAUGCUCAGGAGUCACUACGAUUAUUUGCAGUACUCUUAUUACAAAUUGGGCAACUUGAAAGCUGCUUGUGCCGCUGUAGAAAGUUUCUUGCUUUUUGAUCCGGUGGAUAAAAUAAUGCUGCAAAACAAAGAUUAUUAUAGUGCCAAGCCAAAAGUUAGAGAAGACUAUUUUUCUGCAAGAGAGGAAGCUGUCAACUACAUAAAAAGACAAGAAUAUGAAUUGAGUCUGUUAUAUUACAUUUCCAAUGAAUUUUCAGUUAUAGAUGAAAAAUUUAAUAAAAUAAGAAAAAGAAAACAAAAUAAGAAAACAAACAAUGCUGAAGAGGAAGAGCUAGGAAAGAAAUCAGACAUCGAAACAGUCCACCCGCCACUCGGUUAUUCGUUGUUUUCUCAUAUGAAAUUGUCAAACAAUUCUUCUACAAUACAAGUCGAGGGUAUCAAAAUAUACGAUAUCAGAGUAAGGAACGAUAUUCGUUUAAUAGCGAAAGAGGAAGAUCUUGGUGGAAAAAAUCGUUAUGUCGCUGAUGAUUUCCUUAAUUCCACUGAGUGUGAAUCUUUGAUGCAGCUCGCCACCAUGGUGUAUUUUGGGCAAAUAAAACCAGAAUGGUUGGAAUUACUUUUGGAAAAGACCGAACAAGUCCGAGACCACGUGGAAAGGUAUUUCGGAGUAGAUCGACAUCUGUAUUUCACCUACACUCAUUUGGUCUGCCGCACGGCUCUACCUGACAUGCCAAUGGAUCGAGAUGACUUGAGCCAUCAGGUUCAUGCAGACAAUUGUCUGUUAAGGAACAAGGAUACUUGUAUUCGUGAGAGUCCUGCUUAUGUCUGGAGAGACUACUCCGCGAUUUUAUAUCUGAAUGACGAUUUUCAAGGUGGUGAAUUCUUCUUUGCCGAAGAUCGUUUUAUUCGAGCGAUGGAUAACGUUGUUUCACCACGUUGCGGGCGAAUGGUCGCUUUUUCUGCUGGCAAAGAGAAUCUCCACGGUGUUCGUGGUGUUCUUCGGGGUAAAAGAUGCGCUUUGGCCCUCUGGUUCACUCAGAACGAGAAAUAUUUGGAGUAUGAGAGAGCACUGGCUUCGGCAAUCUUGGAAAGAGUUCGACAAAUAGGGCCUCUUGAAGGAAAGGACAUCGAAAUGCCUCUAAAGUACGAGGAUGUGCUCAUCGAAUAUAUCCACAGCGAUGAAUUAUUAAGAUAUUUCUUUGAAAAGUUCUCUAUCACAUAAGUGUUUGGGUUGGUGCAUAAUUAUUGCGCCUUUUUUUCGCAACUCUUUUGGUCUUUGAAAAUUGGCGUUUUGUUUAUUUUUUUUCACAACAAUAAUCCUCUCUUUUCAGAUAGUGAAAGUGCGUAUAGAAAAUCAUAUCUAUAUUCGCCAUAUUAAGAUUGGAAUGCAGCCCAGUCAUUUCGCGAUCUCAACGAACUUCUUGGCGAAGGAACAACCAACAAAAGCCAAGUUGAAAGAUGGUUCAAGAAGUUCAAAUCAGGCGAUACAAACCUCGCAGAUGAAAAAGGAAGAGGUCGACCAUCAAA